AUGAUGCGACCGCGCGACCCCCGCAUUCGGCAACGGAUCAACCAGAUCUCCCAUAACCUUGAGACGGCCAACGAAACCGCGCAAGAAGGGCUCUAUACUUUCUCCCACAAUUACAUAUCGCCCUGUCUUUCAUCCAUUGGCAACUGCAUGGCAGCAUGCACAGCUCCCUGCCUCCCGAGCCGCGAAGACCACCUAAGGCGACGACGACGCGGCCAAGCCGAGGCCAGCUUUGAUUUCUACGAUGAUUGGGACAACGAAGAAGAGGACGAGAGCUUAUUGGGGUGGGGUACCGGCGAACUUGACCGCCUCCUUGCUGGCAGCGGGCUGGCCCGCGGAGCUGCAGACCAGCCACGCCAGCAGCGGAGGAUGAGCUACGGAACUCGCCGACGAAGGAGUACUGUGCUUAUCCCCGACAAUCGUGUUGACCCUACUUUGAUCCCCAGCUCUUCUGUCCUUGGAUUCCUCGAGCGCUUCCCCUGGAGGUUCGGUGCAAGGGGUGUCAAAUAUCGGCCGUCGGCUGCUGAUCUCCAGGAACAUCCAGGCAGCCGGCACUAUACGCACGAAGAUGAGCCAUUAAUGGAAGGUUUGGAUGAUGAUGCCGGUCGAUCAUCUCCUACUCCAAACCGGAGGAAUCGCAGCGCUACGCAAUCUUCCCGCGGAACGGAAAACUCACUGAGCUCGCGCGGGGAUUUAUUCCCUAGCGACGAGGAAGAAGAUGCAGUACCGCUAGAUGAUGAGUUUGCACUUGCUUUCGGGCGUCGGGGAACGGGCCUAGAAUCAGACGAUCAGUCUGGUGCCAGGCCUGAAACCGUGAAGUCAGCAUCUGCGUCCAGUCUCGGUGAUACUUCCUUGCAAGCGAAGCAGAAGAAGAGGCGCCCUCCGAAGCGGUCACCUAGUAGCAAUGAGGUCGCAAUCUCUCCAGGUGUUGAAACGCCGUCAUUGGCAGAUCUGAAAACAGAGGAGCAGCGCGCAGCAUUGGAAGAAGAAGCCGCCAUAGAGAAGAAGCGGCUUGCUGCACAUGAGUUGGCUUUGCACCGAGGCCUUGAUCUCGGAGGCGCUGAUAAGGUAUGA